AUGGUCUUGUGGAAAUUUUGCUCAAAUACUGAAGCGAAAGUACAGCGGUGCACUGAUGCGUGUGUAAACAAUCGGCAGGUGGCGCUAGAUGUAAAUUCUCGCGAGAUUUAUAAAUAGUUCGAUACAAUGAGCAGAUCGAUACAAUGGGGUUCGAGUAUAUAUUAAUAAAAGUAUAUGCACUUCCUUUAAAUCUGUGUUGAAGAAUUUUCUUCUUAAAAUAAUCCGUAUCAAUAGAACCUACGAGUGAGUUCCGAUAUAUUCAUUUGUGACUUAUUGAAAGUAUAAAUAACAGGUGAAAUACUGUUUUGUUGAAAACAAAAAGGAAGAAACUGACAGUCCAAAUACAAUCACUCAUAUGCGCUGCAGAUUGCCUGAUUCAAAACACAGUUGAUAACAUGGCAGGAGAAGUGUUUCAAAAUCGUAAAAGGAAAUCGAGAGAAGAACACAUUCAAGAUAGUGAUGAUGGAAGAGCAAAGCGUUCUAAACAAUACACAGCUGAAGAUCAAAAUGAAGAACAAUUUCUUACUCCAGAAAAACAUGCUAAUGGUCAAAAUAACACAGAUGCUCUUAAUGUUACUGUCAACAGGAAUUUUAUGUUCAACGGAACAACAACACAACCUCCAUUACAUGGAACGCCAUGCCAAUUCGAACAUACAUCGCCUUGCUCUUCAAUUAUAGGGACCGACAGAAUGGAAUGUAAAACUAAUAUAUCUAUAACACAUGAGAGGCGAUCUUCCUUAGAUUCAGGAAUAACGUACACAUCAACGAAUGCAGCAUCAUCACCACAUGCAGAUGCGCACUCAAGUGGCAUUGGAUCAUUACUAGCAAUGGAAUGCAAUGUUGAAGAUAUGCAGACCUCAGAUGAAGCAGAUUCUUUCGAAAUGAAGACGGGAACCAAACAUAUCACGAGCACAAUUAAGCAAAAACGGAUGCAAAAAUUCCUCCAAAGGAAAUUUGUUUUCCUGAAAAACGAACUUAUUCCCUUGGAUAUAGCCGAUAGGCUUCUGAGCUUUGAGGUUAUAACAGAUCGAGAUAUUGAGGAUAUACGUAAUGUGAAUGGUAGAGGCCAAAAGAGUGAGUGUAUGAUAAAAGCAAUUUAUCGCUCGCUGGAAAACAGUGAUCCUGGUGUCGUUCGAAAGAUAAAAGCUGCAUUUUCAGAUGUAGGCUAUGACUAUAUCUUCAAGGACUACAAGGAAUAUUCUCUGUCUGGUAAAAGAAAAUCUCCACCUGGUUUAUCUUUAUUAUGGAAGGAAAAAUUAAAAUCGUUUGAACUUGAAUUGGAGGAUGAUCUGGAUCCACGUUUUUUUAUUGAUCAGUUAGUUUCUGAAGAAGUUCUUGAAUUUGACGAGCACCAAAACAUCUUAGAUGUGAACUUUAAACCGGAAAAAAUGAAUUGCUUGUUUAGAUACCUUCACAGAAAAAAUGAACAGACGUUCGAGGACUUUUGCAAAGUGCUCAAAAUUGCUUAUAACAAAAACACCCUUGUUGAUAAACUUUGCAGUUCACAGUAUGUUAGUACCAUAGAAAUCGAAAAGCUUAAAGAACACAAGCCGCAUCCUGAAGUAAAUCUCGGAAGUACAGAAGAACCAAUUUGCCAAAUGACAUCGUCUACAAUUGGACAUAUAGAAUUUCGAAUUGACGGAGAAGCAAGAGAUAUCGAAAAGAUGAUAGUUGAUGACAAUAAUCCUAUUCCAAAUGCAAAUUUACAAGAAGAAGUUAUGGAUAUUGUCGCAUAUGAAAUCGUUAAAACAACAUUUUCAUCGAUUCGCAUAGUUUUAUCAGCAUUAUCGCACUCCUCAGAGAUGCAGAUCGUAAAGAAAUGUAAACAAUCGCCUGUUUUUCUGGUGAAACUUCUGCAAAAUCUUAUCAAACCUGAACAUUUCAAGAUGUUAGAGGAAAGAGGCAUAAAACGUAUCUUCUUUGAAAUAAAAGUAAAGUUGCCAGGGAGUGAACAUAUUUCAAAAACCGAUAUUGUUAGAAACAAAGACCUGCUAUGCAAAGAACUAACGAAAGAAGAAAUAUUGCAAUUCCUAGGAGAGACCGACACCGAUGAUCAUGUGAAGGCAAUUGAAGACAUGAAAAAGGCUGAAACGAAUACACAAUGCGUCAUAAAAUUGGUGGAAUUCAUUGUUAGCGAAGGAAACGAAAUGUACCCGGAAACGUUCCUUGAAUAUUUGAAGAAGCAUAACAAAGAUGAACUUAUCUCAAAAUUGUCAAGAUUGCAAUCAUGUUCUUGCACAAUUACAAAAAAAGAACAUCGUUGAGCAUUAUUCGUUGAUUGAAAAAGAAUUGACAGAUGUAGAUUCGAUUAUCAAAGCAUUCUCUGAGUAUGCUGACUUUCCUGCAGAUUUA